AUGGUGGUGGAAAUUCCAAGAGGCACAAAUGAGAAACUGGAAAUUGCGAAGGAAGUACGAGGUAAUCCGAUUGAACAGGAUACGAUCGACGGGAAACCUCGCCGCGUUGCUGCUGUUUUCCAUUUCAAGGGAUAUCCAUGCAAUUAUGGAGCAUUUCCACAAACUUGGGAGGAUCCGCGUGCUCUCGACCCGGAGACCAAUGUGAAAGGAGACGACGACCCUCUUGAUGCUUUUCUCGACCAAGGCGAAACUGACUGGAAGGUGAUGGUGGUGGAUGUCGAAGAUCCACUCGCGACAAAAUUGAACAAUGUUUCUGAUAUUGAAGCGAAAAUGCCUGGUUUUCUAGCUUCGCUAAGGAAUUAG